UUCGCACUCGGCUGCGGCCGCGCUUCGUGUGCCUCUCGUUGAAUCUCCUUAAUUUAAUUAGCCUUAAGUCCUUUAAGUUAAUAUCCCAGGCGAGGAAUAAAAACCGGAUAAUCGAGGAGUUGACAAAAUGGGCAAAAACGAUCGGCCGGUUUGGAAGCUCGUUUGAAAAGCGUUUAGUGAAGAAAACGUGACUGGUGCGAAAGCGAUGAGAGCCGAGAAGAAUUCACACAGAGAUUCAUGUCAGAGCGGCCAAUUCGUUUGGUCGGGGGAUGCUGGAAUAAAAUGGCUGUGAUUUGCCGUCCGCCGUUCGUCCUUUGAGAGCCUGCAAACAGGCCAAACGAUACUUCGAGAGGCGAUUUUUUUUUACGGAAAUACGAAAAACUUUGGACCGAUCGCUUUUUUCGUUCUAACCAUGGCGAUUUACGUGUUGGUGCGUAAAAAAUAUUUCUGAGUCUCGAGGGACGACUCAGAGGACCUUAACGAACUGGGAAAUUCCAACGUUCGAAUAAGCACGCUGACAAGAGAGGACACGAAACGAGUGGAAAUCUCGGUUCUCUCCAAAUCCUAUUUCAUACAUCGAAUUAUUAAGUUGUCAAGAGAAUUAAAAAUGCGAUCUUACGAUGGGGAGAGCAGCUCGGGGGAAGAGGACGAUCGACGAGAGCCAGAGGCACAUUUGAAUCCUGGCACUUGGCAGAGGCCAGGAACCCACCCAACUUGGGCAUGGGACCAUCGAACUAAUCAUCCUUUGCCCUCUCAGGGAAAUCCGGUCCUCGAAAACAUGGCGUACUCGGCUCCGAGUGCAUCUCAUCCCGGAAUAACCGGAGCUUCAGGUGGUUACUCGUCGGGGGAUCAUCCCCAAUCAACCCCCGGACGGAGAACGCCUUUGGGGGCGGUUGGUCUUGGCGGCUUUUAUUUUCAACAGCAGCCUCAGCCUCACGCAUCGUCCAGUGCAUUGUCCGACGAGAAUAGACCCGACCAGGAAAGCAGACCAGGAGCAUCGAGACUGAAUUGCCCACCGAAAUCCAAAAGUACGCGACAAGGAAAAAGCGUACGUUUGAACAUAAACGCGAGAGAACGCAGAAGAAUGCACGAUUUGAAUGACGCCCUCGAUGAACUACGGUCGGUAAUUCCCUACGCUCAUAGUCCGUCGGUAAGGAAGCUCUCGAAGAUAGCAACCCUGCUGUUGGCCAAGAAUUACAUCCUCAUGCAAGGAAACGCAUUGGAAGAGUUACGAAGGGUCAUAGCGGUGUUGCAAUCGCCUCACGCUCACACAACAGCACUGCCCCCGACCCCAGUUUCGUACGAUCUCCUUCAAGGUUUUCCAGGCAAAUUGUUUCAGGGAGUUCACGAAUUGCAGGGAUUGUCAGGGGACAAUUCCCAGAGUGUUGCAGCCGGAGGUCCAUCUGGAGAUGGAGCUGCUACGGGAGGAGAGUCGAAUUGAAAAAAAAAAAAAAAAAGAAAAAAGUCAAAAAGAGGUUUAAAAAAAUCUCGAAGCGUCCUAAAUAAUACGAGUGGAAUUUCAAUCUCAGCUAAGUCAUAACGAUAACAAUAAUGAAGCUAAGAAUAAUUAAAAAAAUAAAAACGAGAGAAAAAAAACAACAAUAAUAAUAAUUUUUUGCAAACAAUGAAAGUAUUAGAUUUUUAAUUGUCAAACGAUAAAAAUACGGAGCAAUAAGAAGAAAUGCGAGGGUUUCAGUAAAAAGUUAACGAAACGAUCACUUGAGAGGAAAAGAAAGAAAAAAUUGGGGCUUGGGAAUAAAAUUCCGAGUCCUCUUCGUCCACAAACACGAUAGUCAAUAUAGCAUGUGAUACAUGUAUGAUAUGCUAGUCAUAUUUAUAUAAUACAUAUAUAUAUAUAUAUAAAUAUAUUAAAAAAAAAAAAAAAAAAAAAAAAUCUGAAAGUAUAAAAAAUUGAAAUAACAAGAAUCUUGAAUUAACGAUUAUUUAUUUAUGUAAGAAGAACUAAGCUUAAAAGUGCCAAGUAAAAGUUUGAAAAAAGUUUUGAAAGCAGAAGGUACGAUCCGGGGGUUAUGAGAACAAAGAAAUAACGACGAUUUGAAAAAAAAAAAUAAAAAUAAAAAUAAAAUAAAAUAAAACGAAAAGUGAAAGGAAUUAUUGAAAACUCGUAGUCUCCAGGAAUAAUGGAUUUUAUUUGAAAAAUAUACAAAAUGUUCAACGAUUGAAGCAAACGAAUGAAAGUGUCGAUUUACGAGAGAAGAGAUUCUGAGGAGGGAAGCCAACGAAUUGGCUUCUGAGGUGUGGCCAAAGUCUUGAAAGUAUUUCAUUUACAUGAAAAUAUUGUGUAGAUUAGAAUUUUAAACUGAUAUUAUAUAUAAUGCUCAAAUAAAAAUCAAUAUAUUUAAA